GGGAAAUACUACGUCAUCGUUACAAAUGGCCGACGUUGUAAACAAGGCAGAGGAAUACAAGUUUUAGUUCGCUAGCUAGCUAGCUACAUGUUUACCACACAAAAAAAUGAAUAGCAUAGACUGCGAGCGUUUGGACAGCUUGGACGGCUGGGUCGCCAUCAAAACGAACAUAUUCGAAGAAAACGAGACGUUCAAGCUCGGUUUUAUCGUUCAGUGGAAUGUGAUCGAGUCCAAGUUCGCGGUCACCUGUCACAACAGAACUCUCCAGCGACAGAAGCGCAAAGACCAGCUUGCUGUCUGCGAAACCGAAACCAGCUGGGCCGGACUCUUCUCUGUUAACGACUUAAAAAAUGUCCACCGUCAGUUUACAGGGGUCGGGGAUGUCGUCGCACCCUAUUUCCCCGACCUGUCGGACUUCAAGGAGGGUAACAUUUGGGACAUGAUCUUUCUCGGUAGCAAUCGGACGUUCAACCAAGAUGAUCAAGAGAGAGAUCUGGAUACACCUUGCCGUCAGCUGGAGAAGUACUUCAGCACUGCGAUAGAUAUCUGUGGCAGGAAGAUAGUGCUGGACUCGCUUUUCCCGCAGGACGAGCGAGAUGUCGAGGAGUACUUUGAGAACAUGCAGGAGUUCAAGAGGAAAACCAUGCAGGAUGAGGUCACCAGGGCUAAGGAUCACCUUAGGAAGAUCCUUCAGAGUCAUGGAGGUGCAGACAGAAUGAUUCUACUGCUACAGAUCUACCACGAGGAGGACCUAGCCUACCAGGACCUGGUCACCGUAGCAACCACCUUCUACCAGUACCUGCUGCAACCCUUCAGAGACAUGAGAGAACUGGCAGGGCUCUACAAGAUGGAGAUACUGAAGUCUCUGGAUGAGGAGGAGCUGGGUCCUAAGAGGAUAGCAGCACUGGAGAGAGAGGCAGAGGAGUGGAGGAGGAGAGGAGAGGAUGCAGUCUCCUCCAUACAGGACAUCACAGUCAGCUACUUCAUAGAAACAUCCAAAGCCCUUGGAGGUAUGCUGCGUGUGAUGGGGGAGGAUAAGCGUGGUUUUGGUCAGGCCUCCUGGGCCUCAGCAGCUCCUAGACUGGAGAAGCUGCGUUUCCUGCUGGCUAAAGAGACCCUGCAACACAUGAGAGCAACUGAGAUGUGUCUGCACCGCAAGAAACACACCAUCAGAGAGAAGAUGGGAGGUCUGUCUGGUCAGGACCAGAGGGGACCAGAGACUGUAGAUAACCUAGAGCUUCAGUACUAUGAGGCUCAGCUAGAACUCUACGAUGCCAAGUUUGAGAUCCUCAAGAACGAAGAGCUCCUAUUGGUCGCUCAGAUCGACACCCUGCGACGCCAGAUAAAAGAGCUGAAAGAGGAGGUGGUGUGUGUUUCAGAGCUGAAAGAGGAGGUGGUGUAUUAUGAUGUGUGUGAGGAUCCAGAGGAGCUCCAAAGCCUAUCACAGACAGCUGCACCUUUAGACCCCACCCACUCACCUGUCAAUAACCUGGGGCGAUGCCUACAGCAGCUGGAAGCCAAGAGAGGGAACAUCUGUGCCCGCCGCGCAUACCUCCGCAACAAGAAGGAUCAGUGUGUGGAGGCUAACGAGCAGAAGCACCGUCUGGCCCAGCACAGCUCCACUCACUUUACCCAGCACCACGGAGUAGCCCUGAAGAGAGAGAAGAGGAGAGAGGAUGAAGAGAGGAGGAAGGAGUGGAUGGACCAGGAGAGAGAGAGAACCCUGAGCAGACUCCGCUCCUUCAGAGAGAAGCGACAGGGAAGUUACGUCCUGAAGACUCCACGAUCCAAGAUGGCUGCCAGGGAGCCGCAGUGUUCCGACCUCUCCCAGCCUCUGUCAAUCAUUAGCAUCGGCCCCUCCCCUUCAUCUAAUGGGGCCGCCCCCAGAAAGACCCCCAGGAAACUCAAACCGAAAGACAUCCCCGUCCAAAUAUUCACUCCUCCUCUCCCUCCUCCUUCGCCUCUGCCAACUACACCUCCCACUACAGCUGUACCCCCACCUCAGACCUCCUCUCCCCCUCCCCCUCCUCCUCCACCCCUCCCUGCCCUCACCCCCUGUAAGACAGAGGUAGGCGACUCCCCCAUGCCUCUCAGUGAGAAAGAGGCCGCACCCUUCCCUGCCAAAAUGACCCUGAAGCAGAACCUAGGUUCUAUGGACGAGGUGUUGGCAUCAUUACAGCGUGGUCAGGUCAGGCUGCGUCGUGUCCAGCCCCUUGCCCCUCCUGGUCCCGGCCUGGCGCCCUCCGGUGGCGACCUCAGGGAUAACAUCAUGUCUGCCAUCAGACUUGGGGUCAAACUACGCAAGGUGGUCCCAGCAGUGCCCCUGCCCCAGGACAGCAGGGACACGGAUCUGCAGAAGAGCAUCAAGGCAGCCAUGCAGAGGAUGAAGAAGGUCUCCUCCGACUCAGAUGAAGAUGAGGAGAGAGGAGAGGACAACACGCCCUUGGCUGAGUGGGACAGCUGAGAGGAGACGUAUGCACGGACAGACAGACACUCGGACGCGCACGGACACAUCCAUAAAGCAGGCGUACUGCGUGUGUGUGUGUAUACAGCAGGGAGAACAAGUAUUUGAUACACUGCAGGUUUUCCUACUUACAAAACAUGUAGAUAUACUUAUGUCAUGCAAUAAAAUGCAAAUGAAUUACUUAAAAAUUAUACGAUGUGAUUUUCAUUUUAGAUUCCGUCUCUCACAGUUGAAGUGUACCCAUGAUAAAACAAAAUUACAGACCUCUACAUGCUUUGUAAGUAGGAAAACCUGCAAAAUCGUCAGUGUAUCAAAUACUUGUUCUCCCCACUGUAUACACACACACACACACACAAAUCAAAACAUUCACUAAUCAAUAGGUUAACCAUGUUGCCAAUGGUUUAGUCGUGUGAUUAUGCAGGUUUACUGUUUGACGUAAAACUUGAUCCAUAGAGAAGAGAUCGUAUCUUAAACACCAUGAAAAUGUUUAACUAAAGCACUGUGCCCAAAUAUCCACCACCUGUUACCACGGUUCAAGGCUACAGCCUUUUUUUUCCACCAAGCUUAGAAACUAGCUGUUAUCUGGCUAAAAAGCUCCCACCAAUUCCAGAUUUUCAUGAAUUCUUGUUUGUACGCUUGUCUAGUCUUGCGUUUGCAAACGAGCCUGAGGACUUGACAUUGAAGUAUUGUCCAACUGCUUUACACAGAGAGAGAGAGAGAGAGAGAUUCUGUGUCUGUGUCUAUGGUUGCAGGCCCCUGCAGCGUGUUCAACUAGAACAGGUGGCAGACCUUACCGUGUAAUGCGGUUCAGUUUGUCAUCGUAUUACACUACAUCUCCCUUAAUGUUUUGUUUGUCUAGUGCCAGUUGGAACUGGUGUCCCCCCCUUCAUAGCAUAACUGACGAACCAUUGAAGGAGAAAACAUUUAUCGUUUUUUGUUGUUGUUGUUUCUGCUUCAUGAUUUUAUCUACGGAUGAAAAUGAGCUCGUUUUGCCACAUUUACUUUGAGGAAAACUGAAAUGUUGAUGACUGUGCACUCUGUCCUACAACGCCAUAUUAAUCGCUGUGAUGAUAAAAUAACCCUUUAAGUAUAUGACCUCUGCCCUUCAUGAACAGAAGAGCUUUACCCAGUUUCCCACCAUGAACUAAAACAAUAGGAUGUAGUUGACCCCGUAGGCACAACAGUCCUAGGAUCAGCCUCCUCUCCCCCCAAUCCCAACCUUUUAACCAUUAGGGGGAAUAAUCUAAAACUGGCCUUGGGUCAGUGUCUAGGGGGCCAACUUCACCCUAGUAUUUCUAAUGAUGCUACGUUAUUACAUGGCACAUGAUUUGACCGGGUUGUCAUGGAGACGCAAAAGGCCGUGUUCCAGACUGCCCUGCAAAAGCAGCAUCUUUUAGACAAAUGAACCAAUGAUUGAAUAUGUAAGAUUUGGUGCGUGACUGCAAUGUAGGUGGCCUGGAACAUGGCCAGAUGUAUAAACGAGCGCCAAUGCACUGAUUUAAAUAUUUUUUUUGUAAACUGUCAAACCCAGUUUCCAUUCGACUGUUAAGUGUUAUUUUAAAGAGAGAACGUUGUCAUUAAUGCUCAAGUGCCUUGGGGGACUGUAAGUUAUUACGAGCUGUCAUUCACCAAUAAACUGUUGUUGAAUCAGG